AUGACCGAACCGUUAGAAGAUAUUAAUCUUCGCGAAGGAAAGUUUCAGUACUCGAAGAAAUCCUACAGGGCCCCUUUCAAGGUUCACACAAUCGCGUUGAAUCCAUGUAACGACUUAAUUGCACUUGGGUCGAAAAACGGCGAUAUUUCAUUAAAAAGAUCUUCGUGGAAACAAAUUUGGAAGCUUAAUUGUAACAAUUGUUCGACACUUUAUUAUUCAACUAGCAAACCAUCUUCAUUGGAAUCGCUGGAAUUCUCUCCAGAUGGAUCGUUGUUGGCCGUUGGAAUGAACGAUGGUCAUGUACACAUUUAUGAAGCAGAAACUGGAAAUUACAAGCAUACUUCAAGACCGAAAUAUCUCGCCAAUUAUUUUGCGUCUUCGAUGGCAUCGACAUACUCUAUUCGAUGCUCAACUGGCUGCUAG